UUUGUGCUCGCAGCAGAGACAAAAAUGGCGCCCUCCACCACCACCAGCAGCAGCCGCAGCAGCCGCAGCAGCAAGAAGCUGCGUGUCCUGCUCAUACCCUUCUUCGCGACUAGCCACAUUGAGCCUUUCACCGAGCUUGCCAUUCGCCUCGCCGCGUCUAGGCCGAACACCGCCGUAGAAGCAACCGUCGCGGUCACGCUAGCGAACGUCUCGAUCGUCCAGUCCUUGCUGGAGCGACGGCGACGAGACACUCAUGAUGCAGCAGCUGCUGUCAAGAUAGUUACGUAUCCGUUCCCUAUGGUGGACGGCCUCCCGAAGGGCGUCGAGAACCUCGGAAAGGCGGCCACCCCGACCGAUUUAGCUCGUAUCAACCUCGCUGCCCUAAGCGAGACCCUGAUGCGCCCCGCCCAGGAGGCGAUCAUCCGGGCGCAGUCCCCGGACGCGAUCUUCACCGACCUGCACUUCACCUGGAGCACCGACAUCGCUGACAAGUUGGGCGUGCCAUGUGUCGCGUUCAAUGUCAUGGGUGCCUUCCCGAUGCUGGCCGUGCGCCACCUCGUCAUGGGCGACGUUGCCAUCGAUGACGAUGGCGCCGCGACGGUCCCUCAUUUUCCGGCCCCUCACAUACGGAUCCCGAGGACCGAGCUGCCGGACUUCUUGAGGCGGCGAGACUACGGCGCCAGCAACCAGGUUCAUUCGAUGCAGGCUGGCUGCUUCGGUCUCGCCAUCAAUACAUUUGCGGACCUGGAGCGGCAUUACUGCGAGAUAUAUGUGCGCCAAGGGUACGUGAAGCGUGCAUACUUUCUAGGUCCUCUCUCGCUGCAACACCAACCAUCGCAGACCACCACGGCUUCACGGUACAUUAAUUGGCUUGACACAAAGCCGAACCAUUCGGUGGUGUAUUUGGCCUUCGGCAGCUUGGCCCACGUCUCGGAUGCUCAGCUGGACAAGCUUGCUCUUGGCCUGGAGGCCUCAGGCAAGUCGUUCAUGUGGGUGGUCAGGGCGGCGGAGAACUGGACUCCACCGGAAGGGUGGGAGAAGUGUGUCGAGGACCGGGGGAUCAUCAUCAGAUCCUGGGCUCCACAGACGGCAAUACUAGCACACUCUGCAGUGGGUGCAUUCGUGACGCAGUGUGGGUGGAACUCCGUCCUAGAGGCAGUGGUUGCGGGCGUGCCCAUGCUCACAUGGCCAAAGGUGUAUGAGCAGUUCAUCACCGAGAGGCUGGUGACGGAGGUACUGAGGAUUGGGGAGCGUAUGUGGCCGCAUGGUGCCGGUUUACGGAGCGAGAACUACAGGAAACAUGAGGUAAUACCGGCAGACGAUGUGGCGCGGGCAUUGAUCAUGUUCAUGCAUCCUGGAGGAUCGGGGGAUGUAGCGAGGAGGAGGGUAAAGGACCUCUCCUCUAAGUCUCGUGCAACCAUGGCAGAAGGAGGCUCCUCUCACAAUGAUUUGCACCGUAUGGUUGAUGAUCUCAUGGCAGCAAGAGGAGCUUCAUCUUUCUCUCGUCUCUAAGUUAUACAUGUGACCUGUGAGGGUUAACCUCCCCGCAGCUCCAUCUUUGUGUCGCUUUCAGUUUAUUUCAUUUUUCGUUGUUGCAAUCCUUGAUGUACUUUAUGCAUGGAUGUAGGAUUCGCUUUAUGCUGUUUAUUGUUACGUGUAACGAAAUGAAGGAAAAGUGCACUUCAUUCGCGUU